CCUCCUCCUCUCACACCACCCGUGUUGUCGUGAACACGAUAUCCAGUUUUCUCCGCACCCAGGAAGACGGAACACAAUAAAAUGCGAUGACCACAUACUCCAAACAACAGACGGAAACCGCCUCGCUCUGCAGAGUAUCCUCGAUUACGCCUGAACAUGUCUCCCGAAAGCUCAGAGUCGCUGGAUGGCUGCUUUUGUAUGAUCGGAACACAUCCAUAAUGCUCCUAACCGAAGGGGAAAGCGCGGUAUUAGUGGACCUCGCACUCUGCCUUGAUCCAUUUAGACCGACGCCGUGGCUCAGAGAGAGCAAUAGCAUUUUGAUGGUCAUUGGCUCGCUCGAAGAAGUCGAAGAUCCGUAUCCGCCUCCUGUGUUACCUAUGCACGCCCGUCCGGUCGAGGUUGACCUUCAACUGGUACUGCGUGCCUUAUCAAUCAGAAAUACGCCACAACUCGACCUGGAACUAUGGAACAAGGCGAUACGUCUGCGCGAGCAGGGUGUCGCUGAGAAGAACAGCUGAUCCGCCGCGAGUCACAUCUUUACCCGCUUGUGCCAGUUAGUUGUGUCCAGAGGAACUGUGAACGCGGGAUAAAGCUGGGAAUCUACUUGAUACUCUCACAGUGCAUGAGAUGACUGAUCAUCCAUCAUAUCGUCUGUUGUAUUCACCAGCCUUUGCCCCGUGGCCUUGGUUAAACUCAACAUCGUAUGUACCGAGUG